CACAAUACCAUAAUAGGCUUACUGUCAGGGAUCGGAGUUAUAAUGCCAGGUUGUGCUGGGGGCUUUUUUCAUUAUUUUAAGCCCAAAGAAACAAUUCCUUCAUCUAUAAAAGUCCUAAACUACCGCUUUAAAUAUCCAUCACAAGCCUAGUAUUAAUUCUCUUCAAAACACAAGCUUGUGCUUUCCAAGCCAUUUCGAACAACUUUUGGGGUGUUGAAAUGGCUUCUAAAGCUCAAGCAUCCACUGCCCUCAUCCUCACUCUCAACUUAAUCAUCUUCACCAUGGUGAGCUCGACUAAUGUCCCUUGCUCACCACCCUCAUCGGGUCAUGGCCAUCACUCUCCAGCAACUACACCAGCUGCUAAACCCGCCAGUUGUCCUAGGGAUACCCUUAAGUUAGGGGUAUGUGCCAAUUUGUUGAAACAAGAUUUAGUGCACCUUGUUAUUGGGAACCCACCCAAGACACCUUGCUGCAACCUCAUUGAAGGUUUGGCUGACCUUGAAGCCGCUGUCUGCCUUUGCACUGCCAUUAAAGCUAAUGUUUUGGGUCUCAACCUUGAUAUCCCCGUUUCAUUAAGCUUGCUUAUCAACUACUGUGGGAAGAAUGUCCCCUCGGAUUACCAAUGUGCUUAAUUAAUCAAAAUAUGUUUUAAUUAUUUUGUCCUGCUCUUUGAUGGAUGUUUUGUUGUUUUUCCAUUUGUUUUCCUCCUUAAUUUACUCAGUGUAUUUGUGGUGAUCUCUGGGAUUUUGUUUAUGGGUUGUUGCCCUAAACACAUGUCGUAAUAAUAUUCUUUGUAUUUUUAUUUGUA